AUGCAACGUGCUUUUCAACGUCAAUCGGCUGCACGAUUGACAUGUUUGAGGGUUUCGCCUGUUCGCCGGAGAGACAGUAGUACCUUGAGGUCGUGGAAUGAUGAGCAAAAGGUAUCCGAUCUGCGUGCAACUCCCCGGUGGCCGCUCGUGUCUCAGAAUCGAAUGCUGCACCCGCGAUCAGCUCUAAAGUUUGGACAAUGUCAUGGAUCUGAUACAACACAUUGUGCGACACGUUGA